ACUAUACAAUCCGGCUACCCAAUGCGCCUUUCCACAUUUUCCUAAUCACUCGAAGACCCCCGAGAGCUGCGCACGCGACUGCGCCCACGUUGCUGCCACGGUGCCAGGACGAGGAUAGUACUAGGGGAAGAUGCCGUCUGUUGCGCAAUGGCAGGGCACACCCUCAGUCAAGGGCUCGACUGAGAGCAUACGCAUGGCGUUGCUCACAGCCUCGCUCAUCGGCCUGCAGUUCACGUGGAAUGUCGAAAUGACAUACUGCACACCCUACCUCCUCGAACUCGGUCUUACAAAAUCCAAAAUUUCCCUCGUAUGGGUCGCCGGUCCGCUCUCAGGCCUCAUAAUGCAGCCCAUCGUAGGUGUCGUCGCGGAUCGGUCUACCUCCCGCUGGGGCCGUCGGAGACCGUUUAUGUUCUUUGGUACGAUACUGGUGGCCAUGUUCCUGUUGCUGCUGGGUUGGACGAAAGAGGUGGUUCGGUACUUUAUUAAAGACGAGGCUGCAGCUAAGAGCGCAACGAUAUACGUGGCUGUGUUUAGUAUAUACGGCAUUGAUUUCGCUAUCAAUGCUGUGCAGGGGAGUUGCAGAGGUCUGGUCGUCGAUACGUUGCCGAUUGCGAAACAGCAAAUGGGCAGUAGCUGGGCGAGUAGGAUGGUCGCGGUUGGGAGUCUGAUUGGGUACGGGGCGGGAGCGAUUGAUCUGAAGAAUGUGUUUGGCCCUAUGUUGGGAGAUACGCAGUUCAAGCAGUUGACCGGUGUUGCGGCGUUGACGCUCUGCUUGGCCAUUGGGACAACAAGUUGGGCUGUUACGGAGAGAGUGCUCAUUAACGACGGAGCGGAGGAGGGCAAGGAACUGGAUCUCAAGCAAGUUCUCGGUACCAUCGUGCAUACUGCUUUGAAUCUGCCUAGGAGUAUCCAGGCUAUCUGUACAGUACAGUUCUGGGCUUGGAUUGGCUGGUUUCCUUUCCUCUUCUACAGCACCACGUGGGUUGGUGAAGUAUACCUACGAUACGACGCCCCAGCAGAAGUCAAAGCAGCCGGUGAUCUCACAGGCAAGGUUGGUCGCAUUGGUUCCAUGGCCCUCAUCGCUUUUUCCAUCAUUACAUUCGUAAUGUCUGUCCUCCUGCCCUUCUUCGUACAGAGCCCAGAAGAAGAUGAAAAAGGACCUGGCUUCUCCCGCCCACCCAAGCACUUAACGGGACUGGCGAAAUACAAACCAAGCCUGCUUACCGCGUGGACAACUGCGCAUUGUAUCUUUGCAGGAAGUAUGGUCAUGGCACCUUUUGUAAGAAGUUUGAGGCACGCAACUAUCAUCAUUGCUUGCUGUGGCGUAUCAUGGUCCGUCGCUUGUUGGGCUCCUUUCGCCUUCCUCGGUGUAGAAAUCAACCGCCUCAACACCUCCACCUCCCACUCCGCCCACCCAAAGCGCACCUCCAUCGACCUUCCCGAAGCGCAAUCCAACCUUGAAAAGGGCAGUGCGCCUUCCUCCAGCGGCGGAGCAAGCUCAGGCCAAUACCUCGGCAUCAUGAAUUUGUAUACCACGCUACCUCAAUUCAUGGGCACAGGGAUAUCGUGGGUAGUAUUCUCCAUCUUGGAGCCCGGAAAAAGCCCGGAGUUGAGCGAGGCGCCGCCAGAGGAACAUCACAAGACGGACGGCCCGAACGCGAUUGCGGUUUGUCUGUUCAUUGGGGCUUGUUCAGCGUGUAUGGCCGUUGUGGCUACAAGGAGGUUGGGAAGGAUACAGGGAAGACUGUAGAACCAUCAUUGCCAUGUCCAUGUCAAAAGGUUCAGCUCCUGCUUCACGAUCAGAACUGUCGGGAAUAGUGUCUUUGCACAGGCCGCUAGUCGCCAGUAGAGAACAUGACUCUUGGUGACAUCCACCCCCAACAUGCUGCCAUCCGUGGCUGCCCAGGAGCGCUUUCCGCUUUUGGGGUUAGGCAAGCGCGAUGGAGCCAGAGAGAUUUUGCUAAGGGUUUGCUAAGGAUUUUCCAGAGACCCGCUUUGUUCUAGAAGGCAGGUGUGGCUACUAAUCGAA